AGUGAAGGCCCAGUGCGAGGCCGCGAUCCCAGCGGACGGAGCGCGCGCUCACGAAAGGGGCGGGGCAUCCCAGCGGCGUCACCUUUAAGCGUCAUGGGCGGGGCUGCAGUUUCUGGACCUGGGACUUUGAACAUGUCGCGCAUGAAGCGGAUGGCGGGGCCGGAUCCCCGCGCUGGUUUCAAAGCAGGUGGAACAGACUGCAGUACCUCCGUACCCCAAGGGCUAUUGAAGGCAGCGAGGAAGAGCGGCCAGUUAAACCUGUCGGGUAGAAACCUCAGUGAAGUGCCACAGUGUGUCUGGAGAAUAAAUGUUGAUAUCCCUGAGGAAGCUAAUCAGAAUCUUUCAUUUGGUGCCACUGAAAGAUGGUGGGAGCAGACGGAUUUGACCAAACUAAUAAUAUCAAACAAUAAACUUCAGUCACUUACAGAUGACCUACGACUCCUGCCUGCACUGACUGUUCUCGAUAUACAUGAUAAUCAGCUGACAUCCCUUCCUUCUGCUAUAAGAGAGCUAGCAAAUCUUCAGAAACUUAAUAUCAGCCAUAACAAACUGAAAAUACUCCCCGAAGAAAUUACAAACCUAAGAAACCUGAAGUGGCUGUACCUCCAGCAUAAUGAACUAAUUUGUAUAUCAGAAGGAUUUGAACAACUUUCCAAUUUAGAAGAUUUAGAUCUUUCAAACAAUCGUCUUACAACUGUUCCUGCUAGUUUUUCUUCUCUGUCCAGUCUGGUGCGACUCAAUCUUUCUAGUAAUCAACUGAAGAGUUUGCCAGCAGAAAUAAAUAGAAUGAAAAGAUUGAAGCAUUUGGAUUGUAAUUCAAAUCUCUUGGAAACUAUACCUCCUGAAUUGGCUGGCAUGGAAUCACUAGAAAUGCUUUAUUUGCGGAGGAAUAAAUUACGUUUUCUACCAGAAUUUCCUUCUUGUAGUCUAUUGAAGGAAUUGCACAUAGGUGAAAACCAGAUUGAAAUGUUAGAGGCAGAACAUCUUAAGCAUCUGAAUUCAAUUCUCGUGCUAGACCUGAGGGAUAACAAGUUAAAAUCUGUUCCAGAUGAAAUAAUACUACUACAUUCCUUGGAAAGGCUUGACCUAAGCAACAAUGAUAUUAGUAGUCUGCCCUAUUCAUUGGGGAACCUUCGUUUGAAAUUUUUGGCAUUAGAAGGAAAUCCUCUGAGAACAAUUCGAAGAGAAAUUAUAAAUAAAGGAACACAAGAAGUCCUAAAAUAUCUACGAAGCAAGAUCAAAGAUGAUGGACCUAGCCAAAGAGACUCUGCUACUGAGACUGCCAUGACACUACCAAGUGAAUCCAGAGUCAAUGUACACGCCAUCAUCACAUUAAAAAUGUUAGACUAUAGUGAUAAACAAGCAACUUUGAUUCCUGAUGAAGUGUUUGAUGCAGUAAAAAGCAACAUCAUCACUUCUGUUAACUUCAGUAAGAAUCAACUAUGUGAAAUUCCAAAAAGGAUGGUAGAACUGAAGGAAAUGGUUUCUGAUGUCAAUCUCAGUUUUAAUAAGCUUUCCUCAAUAUCCUUGGAGUUAUGUAUGCUUCAAAAAUUGUCUUUUUUAGAUCUCAGGAAUAAUUUUUUAAAUUCUUUGCCAGAAGAAAUGGAAUUACUGGUAAGACUACAAACGAUCAAUCUUUCCUUUAAUAGGUUUAAAAUGCUACCUGAAGUUCUAUAUCGUAUCUUCACACUUGAAACAAUUCUGAUUAGUAAUAAUCAGGUUGGUUCUGUGGACCCUCAGAAAAUGAAGAUGAUGGAAAAUCUUACCACACUGGACCUUCAAAAUAAUGACCUCUUACAAAUUCCACCAGAGCUUGGUAAUUGUGUGAACUUAAGAACAUUACUACUGGAUGGAAAUCCAUUCCGAGUUCCUCGAGCAGCCAUAUUAAUGAAAGGAACAGCUGCUAUACUUGAAUAUUUGAGAGACCGAAUUCCUACUUAACAUGGAGUUGUUUUAUAACCUUUGUCAUGUUCUAUUAACCCUGGUUAAUUCUAAGGAGGAUAUAACAUUUGUUUUAGUAUCAUCGUAAAAGAUGAUUGCUAUAAUUGAUCUUGGUAGUUUCCCAGUAUUACCUACCCAUUGGUAUAAUUAGCCUGGGCCACAUUCACUGCCAGUAAAUAUUUUUACAUUUUUAUUUAAUAUUUUUGUAAGGUGUUAUGUACAUUUGUAAUGGUUAUAACCACAAUGUGUUCAUACAUUUGUUCUAAAUGUUUUGCAUGGGAUUUAUCCUACUAACUUUCAUUUUCUUAUAGCAAGCAGUUUCUUCAAAAGUGAAUUUUUAUCUAAUGUGGUUUAGUAUUGUAAUAGCAAAGCAUUUUCGUAGAACUGUGUUUUUUUCUCAUUUCUUUUUGUAUUCCAUACAAUGUGACCAAUUGACUUGAAUAUAACUAGCCAAUAUCUACCUUUCUAUCAGAUAUAAUAUUGAAUCGAAUUUUGUUGAAUACUGUACUUUGACAUUUAAAAAAUAAGACCUUCUUAUCUUGGGCCACAUGUCAAAAGAAAAAGAAAAGAAAAAUAUACUAAAAAUAAGACUUCUCAUUACCCAGGAUAGGACUUUUGCAAUGUGGCUAAUCUUAGUACACAUUUCAACUUAAAAACCUAUUUCAACUUAAAAACCUAAAAAUAUUUCAUAAUUUUAAAAUUUACUUGCAAUCUUGGUAAGACUAAACUUGCAGUAUUUUUCUAAAAGGGAAUUUGAUACAGGUAAACUUGAUUUAAUAAAAAUUAAAUAUAAACAUUUUUGUUUAUACCAAAAUUAUCAGAAGUAGGUUGAUUAGUCAUUAUAACGCCAUAUGAUUCUAUUAAGAAGUUCCUUCAAUAGCAUGUAUAUCAAUUUAUAUAGAUAGACAGGUAGCUAGAUAGCUUUUGGAUGAUGGAGGCAUGCUUGUAUUAUAAAAAAAAAUUGUUAAUAAAGAUAAAUACAUGUUCAGAAUAAAAGUUACAUUUUUCAAAUAUUGAUUACAAUGUUUAUGUUUAUGUUUUUAAAAACAUGCCUUUUUGGCUGGGCACAGUGGCUCAUGCCUGUAAAUCCCAGCACUUUGGGAGGCUAAGGCAGGCAGAUCACUUGAGGUCAGGAGUUCAAGGCCAGCCUGGCCAACAUAGUGAAACCCCCAUCUCUACUAAAAAUCAAAGAAAAAAAGAAAAGAAAAAAAAAACUAGCCAGGAAUGGUGACACCUGCCUCUAAUCCCAGCUUCUCGGGAGGCUGAGGUAGGAGAAUCACUUGAACCCAGGAGGCAGAAGUUGACUGACAGAGUACCAAGAGCGUGCCACUGUUCUCCAGCCUUGGGCAACAGUGAAACUCUGUCUCAAAAAAAUAAAAAACAAAAACAUGCCUUUUUCUUAUUACAACUCUUUUUGCUGACUACGAAGUCUGCUUUGAUAGUAAACAAAAGACACUUUACAAUAAGGUGACAUUUUAUUAUUUAUACAAUAAGGAGACUUUUAUGUUAUUCAAAACACUUUUUUAAAUACUGAAAAAGUUGAGUACACCAAAGCCGAAAAAUGGCUCUGCUAUACACUGCACAGCAUUAUUUUAGUCCCUGUAUUUUGUAUCUGUACAGAAAGCAUCUUCAAAAUGCAUUCUAAUCACAUUGUACACCUUUACCAAUUAGUGUCAAUACAUAAAACUGGAGAAUACAGCUUGCAUUUGCAAAUUAACUGACAAAGUAAUUAAUUUCACUGGAUCAGUAAAUUUAAAAUAUAGAUUCAUAGGACUUCUUUGCACAUAAAAUGAAGCAGCUUUCAAGGUUGUUAUGGUUUCAUACUGCAAAAAAACCAGUAAGUACAUUCACAAUCUAUGUUAAAGUAGUAAAUAUGUUUUCAUUCAGUUUUAUUUACAUCAAUAUGUAGUUCAACUAAAAAGUACUUUUAAUUGUGAUAUAGUAGUCUUUUUAACACAUACAAAAAUGACAAUUUUGUAUAUAUAAUUUAAGCUCAAAAUCACAAUUAUCUCAAAAUAUUAAUUACAAUACAGCCAUUUCAGUUAAACAUGUUGUGAUUUAAUUUUUUUAUAAAAUGGUAAAAUUGUAUUAUUAAAGUAAGCAAUUUGUUUUGAAUUGGCUAGAGUACACCCAAGUAGAAAACCUUAAAUGUUAAGAGGUGUUUCCUGCCCCCCCCACCCGAAUUUGUUUACAGCCACCUAAGCUAGCAAAGAGACAGAAAAGGCCCCAAUUUAUAAAGAUUAAGCCUCUUUUGCUAUACUGCUGUGGCUUAUUGGUUCUUCCAUAAAAGCUUUACAAGGGGAGUGUCAAUAAACUAUGCAGUGAAAUGCAUGCAUUAAUAUACAGUAUGUCUAUGUAAAAUGUCAAUGUUUACUAAUGCACAUUAAAAAGUUCACAAAGACUGCAAAAUAAGUCAUAAAGAAGCACUUUCUCUACCAGUUGAAUAUUGUAAAUUUGAAAACGACUUGAUAACAUAAUGGGAUUUCUUUGAAAUCAGAUCCCAAUUCAAGUUCUUUCUCUGGCUAAAGGAGCGCUGGUUACUUGGCCUUAAGAUGUCACUGUUGUGCUGCACAUAUGGUAGUGAAGUCAGAUAUUUAAAAAAAAUGAGUCUAGAGACUGUCUUCAUUUUACUAAAAUAGUGACCCAAAGUUGUAUCACUGCUUAGAAAUUUUUCUUAAACUUACAGAAGAGUGAAAUAUUUCCUGAAAUGAGAAAAGGAAAAUUUAUGUGUGUUCGUUUGGCAUAUGAGAAGAUACUAAUUCAUAUAGGUAGAAUUAGAACUUCUUAAUAGAGUAAUAAAAGGAUAAUGCCCCACAAUAACUGAGGUCGAAAGUAAUCAAUUAGCAAAUAGUUUAGGACAAAACAAUUUUCAUACUUAAAAAUCCAAAACAUAGUAUCUAGUAUCUGUUUACAUAUAAUUCUUAACAAACCAUUUGAAAACCUACCACUGUCUUCCUUCAGAAUUGUUCAUGUUAGGUUAAUAUUUCUUUUUUGAAUAGAAAGAGCCUAGUUCAUAUUAUGGUUUUCUUAUAUACAGCUGGUUGGGGUGCCCUUGGGUGGUUAUAAAGUGGAAAAAUAAAACUGUAGUACUUUCAAUA